AUGGGUCGCAUACCCACCAGAGAGCUCUCGAGCUACUUGCUCACUGGCCGUCUCUUCUCUCGCGAUUGUACUCGACUACAACGAUUGCCCUCCAGAAAUAUCUGCAAACAACAAUUCGCUGCAGGGGAGUCCGCUCAGCGACGAUGGAACCACACUGCCCCAGAACCCGGCCAGUCUACCACGCAGCCGCCACCCGGUCAACCAGCUCCCCAUCUACGAAAGAUCCUCAAGGAUCAGGCCAAAGCAGCCAAGGCACAGGCAAAAGGGAAGAAGAAGCGGAGCAGCGCCGAUAACCAAACCGUCCCGGGUUGGGAGCUCACAGUAGGCAUCGAGAUACACGCACAGCUCAACACGGACCGCAAGCUCUUUUCACCGGCUCCGCUCGCCUCGACCGAGGAUAACACCCGCGCUCCGGCCCCGAACUCUCUUGUCGCCCCCUUCGACCUCGCCAUACCCGGGACCCAACCGCUCUUCCAAACGGCCACGCUGGUCCCCGCAAUCCGCGCCGCCGUAGCGCUCAACUGCGCCGUCCAGCCCGUCAGCCGCUUCGACAGGAAACACUACUUUCACUGGGACCAGCCCUCGGGCUACCAGAUAACACAGUACUACGCCCCGCUGGCCAGGGACGGGUACGUGGAGCUCCGGGCGCGGGAUGGGAUAGCGACGCAGGAUGUGCCGGCGGCGGACGGAGAGCCGCUGCGGAUCAGGGUCAAGCAGGUGCAGAUGGAGCAGGACACGGCCAAGACGCUGGCGCGGCCCGACGGCGUCCACUGGCUCGACUUCAACCGCUGCGGCGCGCCGCUGGUCGAGAUCAUAUCCGAGCCGGACAUUCACCACCCCGCGACCGCGGCUGCGUUCGUGCGCAAGGUGCAGAUGCUACUGGGCGCGGCGGAUGCCUGCGUUGUGGGCAUGGAGAAGGGCGGUCUACGUGCCGACGUCAACGUCUCGGUCCGUCGGGUGGAGGAUGGCAAGACGUCGUCUGCCAAGCUGGGGCAGAGGACCGAGAUCAAGAACUUGUUCAGCUUCAAGGCGGUCGAGGAUGCCAUCAUCGCUGAGAGGGAUAGGCAGAUCAAGCUUCUGGACGAGGGCGGUGUCGUGCAGGGGGAGACGCGAGGUUGGUCGCUUGGCAGCACCGAGACUCGGAGGUUACGUGGAAAGGAGGGCGAGGUCGACUACAGAUACAUGCCUGACCCGGAUCUGAGUCCCGUCUUGGUUGAUCAAGAUGUCGUUGACCAUCUGAAGAGCACAAUGGGGGUCAUGCCGGACCAGGAGCUUGAUGAUCUGGUUAGCUCCUACGGGCUGUCGGAGAAAGAUGCAAUGUCGCUGAUGCUCUUGGAGGAUGGCGGCCGGUUGCAAUUCUACUACAAGACCGUUGACGCAUUGGAGCAGAAGCUUCAAAGUCAAGGCGAUACCACAAAGGUCACAGCAGACAACCUCCUCCAGGCUAGGAUUCUCACGGCCAACUGGAUCUUGCAUGUGCUCGGCAGCCUGACCUCGGACAACAAUCAUCGCGACCGGGCCGCCGCGGGUCUUUCGGAAAGAGAUCUAGGGGUCACAUCCGAGGGCGACGCCUUCAUCUCCGCCGACGACCUGGCCGACAUUCUCUUCUUCCUGCACACAAGCCGCAUCCGACAAGGCACGGCCAAGGAUCUGCUGUUUGCCAUGUUCAACGAGGUCAUGCCUGAAGAGUACAUUGGGGUCCCGGGAGGGAUAGAGCGCUACAUCACGGACAACGACCUCUGGUUCGCGGAGCUGUCGCCCGAGGAAUACAGCGAGCUGGCCGAGUCUGUACUGGACGAGGAGGAGCACGUGCUCAAGGAGUUUAUGGGCGCAAGGUACCCGCAGGGAAAGCUCAUGUUUCUGGUUGGCAUGAUGAUGAAAUCGGGUGCCAGGGAGCGGAUAGAUCCCGCCACGGCGCAAAAUGUCAUGCGGGAUGUGGUGGCGAGGAGGUUAGCGACGCUGAAAUAG